CGCAAUGUCGACAGCAGAUAACGACAAGCGUCUGCUAGCAAUCUAUAAAUUAAAGUUUUACCAAAACAAGAACAAUUGGAAGCUAUCCGAAGAUGUGAAAGAUACGCCGUCGUCACAGACAAACUGCAAAUUGGAUGAGACGUACAGCAUUGACGAUGAGAACAAUGUGGAGGUGGAGUCUCCUCACAACAAGGCCUUCUUGGACCAGGAGCCCGCCGACGAACCAGACGCCGUGGCCCCAGUCUCCGAGUGCCCAUGCACGGACCAGGCCUGGCCCAGUGACCAGUCCGACCAGCUGUGGCAGGAUGCGGAGCAGGUACUGUCUCACUGUGCAGCACACACAUAG